ACUGUUGUCUGAAUUUUCCCCCCAUAUUUUAGAAGUAAUUUCCGUACUUCUUAUUGUUAGUAUAAAUGAUUUAAGAACUAUUUGUUCACAAGAUUCGAUGUUAUUAACAUAUUCAACUUACGUGACAAGCACAAAAAAUUGAUGACAAGCAAACAAAAAACUCAAUAACAGCAAAUGCUGAUAACCCAUGGAACAUGCUAAAUUUCUAGUUCAUGGAAGCAAGUUUUGAGUUACUAUUUGCAACUUCCAAGUUCUCUGACCAUCUAACUUUUUCUAAAAUGUUCAAUUCAAACUCUAUCUUGUGUCUUGCUUCAUCACCUAAAAUAAAUCAAAAACAAAAAUGAACAAAUUGAGUAUUAUGUAUGUGAUUUGGGGAAUGAGCGGUCAAAACCCCGUAAUAGUUGUAUAUGAUAAACUUAAGUCAUGAUAUAAAAAAGUUCACUUUGUUAGUUCGAGAGAUCUCAAAAUGGAGGGAUUGAAAAGACUAAUGUUUAUUAGAGCUUCCGCAAUGGCUGUCAUAUAAUUGUUCCAUCUUGAUGUGGCACUUGCAUCUUCCUAUUUCAUGGUUGCAGAACCUAUUUCAUAUAGUGGGAGCUUCCAUUUUAUGAAAUACCAAAUGAAAUGGCAAGUGGCCCGCGCCACGUUUUAUAUGCUAUUUCCCUUAUUUCUUUUUUCCAUUCUCAUUUUGUUGUCUUUUGUUGGUUGUAACAGAUUAUAUUUUUAUUAUAGUUGUAUUAAAAAGUCACUUCGGACCCACCAUAUGAAAUAAAAAAUGGAUGUCAUUGAUGUAGAGAAAAUGGUAGUGGUAUGUGGUGAAAUUGUAAAAAUUGGUGAUGUGGCAGUAGGGGCCACUUAUGAUAUAGGAAUUGUAUUUCAUGAAUGUGGAUGGUCUUAGGGGCAGUUGCCUAACCAUGAAUGACAAAAAAGAAGAAGAGAAAAAAAAAUGAUAAUCAUGGAUGUUACAUUUAAGAUAAGUGAGAAUCAACCUGGAGUAGCAAAGAUGACUCCAAUUAGAAUGGCAUCUUACAAAUGAACACAAAAAUGAAGCGCCUGAUCAUCCAUUUCAACACUUUAUAUCCACAGAACUUAUACAUAUACGGGUUAAUUGCAUGGUUGGUCACUGACAUUAUAAAAAGCGUUCAUGUUUGGUCACUAAAAAAAUUUAAAUCUAACUUUGGUCACUAACUUUACAAAAACGGUUCAUUUAUGGUCACUCUCCGUUAGCUGCCAUCCAACGCCGUUAACGGAGUCCGUUAAGUGAUGACGUGGCUGACGGAUUCGCCUAAUCAGCACCUUUUGACCCCAAAUUUGACUGACCCGACCCGCCACGUCAUUUAAACCCUCCAUCUCAGCAAAACCUAACCAAACCUCUAACCAAAUCAGACCACACCCGACCCGACCCAACCCACCAACCCAUCUAUCUCAUUUAUGUGGCUUUGUGACCGCAAGAAUCCUAUCAGCUUCCAAAAACCUACAAACCUUCACAUCUCUCUCUGUUUUCUUCUCAUCCCCUUCUCCUCUGCUAAUGGCGACACCUUUCUGUCGUUGUGGAUUGGCAUCAGAUCUCAAGACGAGCUGGACAGAGGCGAAUCCAGGGAGGAGGUUCUACGGGUGCAGCAAGUAUGGGACAGAUGGGGCAUGUAAUUUCUUCAGAUGGCAUGACCCAGUAGUUGACGAGCAUAUGAAGUUUGUGGUGCUGAACUUUCAUCGUCGGAUUCGAGAACUAGAGAAGAGGCAAAAUGGGCAAGGGUCCAAAGCUAAUGGCUGCCCAGUGUUCAUCUUCAUUGUGAUUGCUCUUUGUCUUUUCUUUCAUCUGGAUGGGAUUGGGAAUGUAAGAAGCUAUUUGCUCAACCUUGCUGAUGUAAUCGUUUCUGUAUUGUAGAUUGUAACCCUAGAAAAAUCAAAUUUCACAUAUUGUAUCUGAAAGUUUAUGUUGCACGAUUGGGCACUCAAAAACAUGUAAUGGUCCACAUGUGGUCACUUAAAGAUAUGUUCAGUCCACAUUUGGUCACUCAAAAACAUGUAAAGGUCCACAGUUGGUCACUCAAAAACAUUUGAAGAUCCACAUCGGGUCACUCAAUUUAAUGUGAAGAACCACAUCUGGUCACUGUAAAACAUAUAAAGGUCCAAAUCUGGUCACUAAAAUAGAUGUCAGAAUCUACAGUUGGUCACUCUAAAAGCAUGUGAGGUCCAUUUUUGGUCACCAGACAAGGGCAGAUUUGCUCAUUAGAGAAAGCCAGAUUUGGAACCACACUUCAAUACCUAACUGUUCUGCUACACAGUAUUUGACAUUUAAGUUGGAAACAAACAGAUCACAACUAGAAUUCAUUCAUAAUUAGUGCACUAACGGCUAUAUUGUCCAAAAGAGCCAUGCAUAAUUAACAAGUUCCUUUUCCAUGGACUUGUAUGACAAAAUAGCAAAUCCAUAUUGAUUUGCAAAAGGCCUUGGAGGCUUAAAAGUUCAAAAUACCCAUUCACAACUAUCCAACUGCCCACUACAUCACCUAAAUCUACUAUUCACAGCUGCUCUACUGAGUCACUUGGCUUGCAAUCUGUGAGAGUUGAGAGCCUUGACUUGAUGGCCUUCGAGAACUUCCCUGCAAAUUAACCCACAUUAGUAUGCUGGAAAUAUUUGUUAAAGGCAGGGAAAUGAAGAAAGGGAAAAUAUUUUUUACAUCUGGCAUGAGCUGAACCACGUGUGGUGGGAAUUAUUGCUAGGCAGAUGAAAUUUGCCAGGAUGAUUAUAGGUGACCAAAACUCUAGUUAUUUAUCUGCAUCUACAAGAAACUUACCAAACCUGACUUAAGUUCACAACUUAUAUUGAUUGUAGAAGUAAUGUGAAUUUGUGCCUAAAUAGUAAAGACAUUACAAAACUGAACAGAAUAGGCAAUCUGCAACGGGUUACAGAGCACCAACAAUGAGAAUGUAAACUAAAACGCAGAUGCUAAUUGAGUUUUACCAUUCAGCUAUCUGUCUGCUGGAAUUUUUCUACCUAAACUAAUGAGGAUCACUACAUGAAGCUUGAGUCAAAUUUAAUCAACGAACAUCGAAAGACGAAACAGAAAGAGGUAUAGCAAACGAUGAAGAUUUGGUCUAUACUCUAUAGUAUCUCAUGGAUCUAAAGAACAUACAAACCAUUAAAAACAAAGAGUGAUG